AUGUUUGAAAAACUUGAUGGAGGCCAAACUCGUGAACUCCAAGAACGUUGUAGUGAGAACGACGAACUCCUUCCUCUGAAUCUCCAAGGUUCACCUGAUCUGAUGCAUUUUUUCUUCCUUGCAGCCCUGGAGAAAUAUCAAGGAUCGGAGGAUAUAUAUCGGGUUACAAACUGGAAUCGUACGACGCAAGACUCCUACAAAGUCUACAACAACAGAAAGUUUAACAUCCUCUCUCACAUGACCGGCUUCACCCCUAACGUGAUCUAUCUCGUUACAUGCAGAGCCUGUAAGGCACAAUAUGUGGGGGAAACGGGUAGAUCAUUUUCUGACCGUGCAAAAGAACAUAUUCGAUACGCAAAACUCAGCUACAAGGUCCCGACAGACAGACUGGAGCCAGAAGAGAGACAUCAACUGUCUGAAGAUGCCAGAAAAUUGGCCCCGAAGGAGAGACGGCAGCUCCUGGAAACUUUUGUCUAUGAGGGAAUCUGGGGUGCUGACACAGAUGAUAUCCUCUACCACGUGGAAGAAGCGCAGAGGAAGAAGGAGGAGAAAAGGAUGAAGAGGGAGGAGGAGAGGAGGAAGAGAGAGGAGUAUUUGAACAAGAAGAGGAAUGGGCAGGGUUCCCUGGUCAAGAAGUUCAGGAAGACAUUAAAAUCGAUAAGAAAGAAGGAUGGAGAGGAUAAAGAGAAUAAACACGAGAAAAGUACGGAAGAAGAGGAGAAACUGCUGAAUCCUCUGAUAAUUGUCGUCGAUGACUGUCCAUUGUGGGAGGGGAUUGACGGGAUCGUAGAGAGACUUAAAGCAAUACAUAUGAAAAUGUUCCUGGCCUUCAAACCUCAUUCGGAACAUGCAACAGAGAAAGACAUGCAGAUACUAGUAAAUUUCCUUGAAGCGAAACCAGAUUGCUCUGCGGUUGUGCUUCGGUCACAACCAUCCAACGUGCCGCUCCUUAAGCAUAUUUUACGAAAUGAGACUGGAACUGCCCUAAAGCUGGAAGCAAAGAGUUUGUCCGUGUCUUCCGUGCCCGCCGCCAUCGUUCCAGGUCCAUCGGUGGAAUUAAUAAAUGCGAGGAACUGGAAGUGCUCAGGGCGACAUUUAGGAUACAAUUGCAAGGGGAAAGGGUUGUGUAAUAAGUCUGUGGCUCUUGUAUCUUCUCUUUCACUGGCUCCCCUUUUAGAGGCGGCAUACCAAGACGCUCAAAAUGCACCCCACUCCAGUUCUGCCCGGCUGAAUGUGACAGAUCAUCGUUGUUUCGUUCUGACAUCAGAUGAAGACCUGCUAGCAUCCUUGCAGUCCCUCAGAGACCACUGUGGUGUUCAAUUUGUACACCCGAAGGAUUUUCGUGGUUGCGAGGCUUCAAUUGUCAUCACAGUGGACGUGAGCGACGACUGGCUACUGGAAGUGAUAUCCCGCUCCAGGACUCGGCUCAUCAUAAUCGAUAACCUUCCAAACCAUGAGGACCUCUGGAAGACCAUGAUUGCAGAACAACGCGUGCACAUCUGUGAGGGUCCUUCUCCCAGUGGCGUGGAAACUUACCCGGAAAUCCUAUUGACGCUUGAUGAGACAGAACAGUUUUUGAAGAUUUACUGGGGCUGCAAUGGUCAAGUCAGCUCAUACCUUUAUCAGAAUCUAUUGCUUGAAGCCAUAAAACCAUACGACUACGAGGGAUCAUCUCGACAAGAUCUGAAUCCUCAGAAGUCGCAUUUUAAAGAUGUCCCGCUCCAAGCUCAACAUGAACUCUAUGCCGAUGAAGAGGGAGGCAUCCCGGGCAUAAGAUGCCAACCUGGGAUGACACGGCCUCUAGAAUCGGAAAAAAGGCCGUUGAAAGUGGGAGACUUGAUCCAACCACUGGCGCAAUCAUUUCUUCAUCUCCCGAUGCAUGGAAAGCAAUCCACCCCAGUCUUUCCCCCUCCUCGUCUUCCCCUUUCUUCGAUUGGGGAUACGCGUGGAAUGUUGGCAGCCAUGGCUCCGAUCGAACGAGCAACUCUUCGCCCCAUCGUCUACUACGAGUUCCUCCAAGAACACUCUGCGAGAGCCACCGCGAACAACAUCUGCGCUGCAUUCAAGGGCAACGUCGUCCACUAUUCCACGGUGUCUCGAUGGUUGAAACGCUUGGAAUCUGGCGACACGACCUUCGGAGAUCGACCAUGCUCAAGACGUCCAUCUACAGUCGAUGAUGAAGCCCUGCGGAACGCCCUCAACGCGAAGCCGAACGCCACCACUCGCUAA